GCACUCCCAAGGCUGAACCAGUGCCACGUUUGUCAGAGGAAACGAAGGAACAGCAGGGAUGGAUGACGUCUAUAAAGCAGCGGUUGAGAACUUGACAGAGGAGCAGAAAAAUGAGUUUAAGGCUGCCUUUGACAUCUUCAUCCAAGAUGCAGAGGACGGCUGCAUCAGCACUAAGGAACUGGGAAAGGUGAUGAGGAUGCUGGGGCAAAAUCCGACGCCUGAAGAACUGCAGGAGAUGAUCGAUGAGGUGGAUGAAGAUGGCAGCGGCACAGUUGACUUUGAUGAGUUCUUGGUUAUGAUGGUCCGCUGCAUGAAGGAGGAGAGCAAAGGAAAAUCAGAAGAGGAGCUGGCCGAACUUUUCCGCAUGUUUGACAAGAACGGAGAUGGUUACAUAGAUCUGGAGGAGCUUAAGUCCAUGCUCGAGUCUACUGGAGAAUCCAUCACUGAAGAUGACAUCGAGGAGCUGAUGAAGGAUGGAGAUAAAAACAAUGAUGGCAAAAUUGAUUAUGAUGAGUUCCUGGAGUUCAUGAAAGGUGUUGAAUAAAGGAUUCAGAUGGAGGCCACAAAAUGCUGAAUUAUUUUUAUUCUGCUGCUGGAUUAAGUCCUUCAGAUACUGUAGGCCUCUGUUCACUGUGCGCCAUACAUCUUCAGUGGGCAUGUGUCAUUUCUUUCUGGAAACAACUUCAGUGAAGGGCCAAGAUUGUUUUACAAAUCCCCAGUACACAAACACGAUUUUAAAUAAAACUAUUUUC